AUGCCGCGAUCUCAGUACUCGUCUGGGUCUGGGUCCGGGUCCGGCCCAGGACGGUCGACCUCCUCCUCGUCGAUUUCGAUCUCGACCUCCGCCUACGCCCCCCUGUCCUCCAAAGACCUCGCCCGGUCUGCCGAAAUGUUCGAGUGGCGCCCACAGAUCCCACUCAAGUUCCACAUCGGCUCGCUCGACGCCAUGUACCGCGAAGGCCGGACGUACCUGGCCGAACACAACUACGCCAAGGCCUUUGUGCUACUGAUGCGCUUCACCAUCAUCUGCGUGGACAAGGUGCCGACGCACCCCGAGGCGAACACGCCCGAGGGCCGGCGCAUGGUGCGGACGGUGACGCGGCGGCUCAAGACGGUGAUGGCGCUGCUGGAGUCGACCAAGGAGCAGCUGGACGUGGCGCGGCAGCGGUGGGUGGACCAGCACCCGCAAGACGAGUACGAGCGGCGACUCGACCGCAGAGAAAGCAGGGUCGGAAAGGAGAGGAAGAAGACUACGACGUUUGCGGAGCUGGACCCUGCGCUGUCGUGGAAUCCGUACGCGCAGGCGGAGCUGCUCGAUGCGGCGGACCAUGUCGAGCUGGCAAUUGCUCUGGCAAACAAGCGGGGCCAAGAAGGUGGCAGCCGUGGUGCAAAGACACAUGCCUCAACCACGCCUGGGAAGGACACUCGGCGAGACGCCGAGGACGUCAGCCGGGCCAUGGAGCGGGCUCGGUGGCAGCUCGACGAGAUGUCUCGACCGCCGCCGAGCUACGACGACAGCCAUACGGCCAACGCCGGCCACAGCUACCGACAGCCCCAGGACCCCGUCGUCCCUGUGUCCUACAGCUACCCGUCCAUACACAAGUCGACGCCCGUGUCGUACGACUCGAUGCGGUUUGACCAGAGACGAGACGCCGCCACAACGUCGGCCAGCGGGCCACCACGCCCCCCAAAACAGCCUGCGGCCGCGUCCCUCGCGCCCGCAGCACGGCCACCACCAGUCCCGUCCCGCGGCGAGCCCUUGUCGUCCCGCUACAAUGACGACCUCGUCUCGCUUCACCAGUCGAGCGAGCCUCCUUCGACGGCCUCGACGCCGCCACCGCCGCCACGGCUGCCGCCCAAGACCGUGGAGCUUGACUCUGUGGAGGCAGCCGCCCAGCCGGGCAAAACGUCCCAGUACACGUUCAAGCCCGCCGCGUACCUCGAGAGCGGCGCGCCCAUCCGCAGCGUCUUCUUGCCCGACACGCUGCGCCGCGACUUUCUGCGCGUGGCCCAGCCCAACACCGACAAGGGCAUCGAGACCUGCGGCAUCCUGUGCGGCAAAACGGCCAACAACGCCCUGUUCAUUACGUGUCUGCUCAUCCCCCAGCAGAUUGGCACCCGCGACUCCUGCGAGACCACCGGCGAGGUCGCGACGCUCGAGUACUGCUCCGAGCACGACCUCAUCCAGAUCGGCUGGAUCCACACCCACCCCACGCAGACCUGCUUCAUGAGCUCCCUCGACAUGCACACCCACGCCGGCUACCAGAUCAUGAUGGACGAGAGCAUCGCCAUUGUCUGCGCGCCCGCGCACGAGCCCAGCUGGGGCAUCUUCCGGCUCACGAACCCGCCGGGCUUGCCGUACAUUGGCGGCUGUCGCAAAGCGGGCGCGUUCCACGAGCACGAUUUGCGCCCGCACGAGAUUUACACGGAGGCGAAGAACCCGCCGGGCCACGUCUUUGUUGUGCCGGGCAUUGACUUUGCCGUGGCUGAUCUACGGGAAGAGAAGUAG